CGAUCAGUUCUGCUGUGCCUUUUCUCGAUGCAAAAACCAUUAGGUUAGGCAAAGCAGAGCAGGGCAUCAUUCAACUCUGUGUGAGGAGACAACACCACCACAGAGAAUGGUUACAAGAGAGAUAUUCUUACAUCUUUUGUUUGGUCAUCUCUUCAUAGCUUUUUGCAGUCAGCUCAACCCGACCACUAUGUGCACUAAUGAUAUGAUAGUGGGAGAAUUUGAGGUUACUAUCACCGCCUCCAAAUCAGAUGCAGUGGAGGGUGAUGAUAUCACUCUGACAUGUAAGCAUAACCUUGGCAAUGUGACGCUGACAUUUGGGUGGAGGAAGGAUGGGAAGGAACUGCAGGAACACAACAACAAAAGUGAGCUGUUUCUCAAAAACGUGCUGUUGCCCAAUGCAGGCCAGUACAUCUGCUAUGUGAAUAGCACAUAUGGCUGUUACAAGUCUCCGCCACACAAAGUCACUGUAAAAAGCAACAGUGAGAUCCUCCUGGUGAUCUGUGGUGUCUCAGCUUUGGCCUUGGUCGUGAUUAUGGGUUUAAUAAUGAAGUUCAAGCUGAAAAGAGACAACGCUAAACACAGACAGAGAAUGGCGCAGAGGGCACAGAAUGGGAGGAAUGAUGGUCCAGCUCCAAUCACACCAAGGGAGUCCUAAAUAAGAAACUAUCACAUUCAAAAAUGAAGUAGCCUACUGAUAUUGUUUCAUAAUCUGCUGUUGUAGUAUUUGAUAUAGAAAUAAAUAAAGUCUUUAAUUCCUGUC